AAUUUUAAUAAUGGUAUGGGUCGUAUAGAGCUUUUUCGACUAGCAACAUUAGGGGUGCCGGCGCGCAUGCCCGUCCCUUGGUCGAUAGACGGCGGUGUAGUCGGCGGCCGGCGGAUCAGUCAGCGCGGCGCGUUCCCGCGAGCGCGCGCCGCGGCCAUGAGGGCGCGUGCCCUGCUCACCGCGCUCACAGCUAUCGCAUUAGCCGCCAUCGGAAAUGCCGAGAAAAGCAAAUUCUAUUAUAUGGACUCGCUAUGCAAAGACCACUUCUUGCAAAGACAGUACCGUAAGCUGGACGGCGGCGUGCUCUGGUCUCGCAACGAGCGGAACCUGGAUUGUACCGUCACCUUCCAGACUCACAGCAUCCUGCAACGUUUUAUGCUGCACUUCGAUCUGCUGCAGCUCGACUGCAAUGAUCAUCUAUACGUCUACGAUGGCGCUCAUGCCACCGCACCCCCAAAGGCGGACCUGUCCUGUCGCAACACGAAGCAGCAGGUGGGCGCGCUGUUCACACGCAGCAACUUCGUCACGCUCAAGUACGUGACCGACAACUGGGGUACCGAGGCCAACGGCUUCAAACUCGUCAUCACUGCCGUCAAGGACCCCAAACAUGGAUGUAAGGAGUUCAGAUGUAAGCAGCGAGAGUUUUGUGUGAGCGCCGACCUCACCUGUGACGGAGUGGAUCACUGCGCCGACGGGUCUGACGAAGACACCGCCGCCCUCUGUCCUGAGAGUGGUGGUGGAGCGGGCGGUGGUCCGUGGGUGGUGGCGGGGGCGGGCGGCGCGGUGCUGGCGACGAUCAGCGUGGCCGCCGCUGUCUGCUGCUACUGCCGACGACGAGCGCCCGCCAGGAGGACGCACUUACAUUUACAACAAAUGGCAAGCAGCAACGGGUCGGGCGGCGGCGGCAAGGGCGCCGCCUCGCCCGCCACGAGGCUGCCGGGAAACUGGGCGCACCCUGCGGGCCCGCGCGGGUACAGAGCGGCGCGCCCGGGCCGCCUGCGGGCGCGGGCGCAGCGCUGAGCGCAGGCGCCCCGCACAAGGACGAGUGGUUCGUCUGAGGCGGCCCGGUCGGGCCCGCAGGGCGGGGGCGCCGUACCGGCCCCCUACCGCUCCCACACCCCGGCGAGGCUCCCCGCACCACAGGAGGAGUCGCCGCGCCGGGAACACGAACUGUGCAUGUGACCAGUGUACUUCGCUCCCGAUGAAUCCUUCACAUAUCCGUUGAUACAUAUUUAUGAUAAGAGUCACCGCCUCCUUCGCCGCGAGUGUUACUUCCCUCACCGCGGCUCCCGCUCCGCCGGGAGUCUCGUCUCUAAGAUACUAUUUUAACUUGUGGUCGAACCGUAGCUCGUCGGAGGCUCGUCCGGCGUCACCACUGACACUCUGUGGACCAAACCGUAGUAGCAAGUCUAUAGUCUCGGCAGUCCUGCAGGCCGAGGAACUUGUAGCUUCUAGAGAUCGAUACAUUUAUUUUGCGUCUAAUGAUCCGUUUGUGUAGAGAGCGGGGAGUCGGCAGAGUGUGAGUGUAAUCGCCGGUCGUUUUAUUUAAAGGAAAGUAUAUAGAGUAAGUGAACGAGGGCUCCGGAGGACCGCCGCAUGUCUGUAUGUCUGUCUGUCUGUUACGUACGUUUCGUUAGACGUAAGUAUAUUUAUGGGAGUGAUAGUUAAUUCGAAUCUAUCCAAUGACAUUGUAUAAUCACUAGUGAUGUAAUGUAAUGAAUAAUGUUGCGGUUCGUUAAGUUGUCUGUAUACGUUCAUUGGAUGGCGAGCAGUGUGUGCAGCUAUCGAGUGUCGAGUGUCGACUGACCCGCCACACGCUCUAUACUAACUCUCUCUAUCUCAAUGAACCGUUCGUAUGGUUCCCAGAUAUCUUCAUAAACUAAAUAAUAAAUAUAUGUUUGUUUGAACUUAAUGAACUCUACGAGGAUUGUAACGUUUUGUAGUUAGUUAAGCCGAAGAUUGUAACAGAUGCCAUGUAGCCUUACACGAUAGUCGGACCACGAAACACAAGGUAAUGAGGACUCUCAAAUGUGUAUUUUAAUUUCCUUACAUAUAUUUUGUGUAACGAGCGUUGUAUCCGACCCUCGGGUCAUCCAUUUAUAUUAUUACUUUUAUAUCGGAUCAAAGCUAGCUUAAGCUAUUACCGAUAAAUAUGGAGCCGCGAAGCGGUCGCCGGGCGGCUCGUGGUCCAGUGCUGAUCGCUGAGCGUCCAGUCCUGAGCACUGGUAACCGAGCACCGAGCAUCGAGCAUGCGACCUCCUGACCGGCGCCGAGCGCUCCGCGGCGCAGUCCGAUACGCUACCCGACACACACGAACGUUCGACCCUCGCUUUAAUAAAUUAAACACGGCUUUGAUAAACUUUAUAAUAAUAUAAAUAUGUUAAGACGCUUACAGAGUUCGUUGUGGAACAUGCCUUUAUUGUUAGUUACGCUAUACAAGAUUUUAUAAAGUUUUUACAAUACAGUGUGACCGCUGCUGGUACAUCGCUUACUGUACGUGUAUCCACGCAGCUGUUCUCUAAAAUUAAGAUGGCGAGUCCGAUGUGUGUCGGGAUCCUGCGACCGCGCCGCGCCGCGCUCUCUCUCGACUCUAUCCGAACGUAUCUAUGUAUUAUCUAAUUUUAGCGAAGAUUUUUUUAGGUGAAUUUUUACUCGUUUAGUGAAAGGCACGCGUGUCGUGGGUGUCCAAUUUUUGGUGUUACGAUAAACGCAAUGUAAAUUUAUCGAUAUGACAUUAAACAUUUUUGGCUUAUCGUUCGUA